AUGCCGUGGUGCUCAAAAAAAAAAAAAAACACAUCAAACCAAAGAAAAAAAUAUUUAAAUUAUAAUGAAAAAAAUGAUAACGAAGUAGUUGCAAUAUGCGAGAACCAUGCAUCAAUAAUUAAUAUUAUAAAAAAAGGAAAUGAAUGUUAUCCAGAAUUAAAUGAUAAAAAGAGUAGCACAAUUAAAAAGGAGGCUGUUAAAAAAUCCAAUUUAUUAAAAUACUAUGAAAAAAAUGUUUUAAAAGAUCAUUCCAAAAUAAAAAGCUGUGAAAAUGUGGUGAAAAAAAUGAAUGUUUUAAAAUUAAAAAAUGAAAUGAAAAGAGAAAUAAAAAAAGAAAUUUCUAAAGACAAAGAUGUGAAGGUAGAUAAAAAUAACGAUACUAAAGAAAAGUACAAAUUAGAAGAGUUUUCAAAGUUAAAUGCAAAAAAUAAAUUUAAAGUGUUAAAUGAAAUAGAAAAACAAAUUAAUGAGCAUAAAAAAUGUGAAAUUUCUGAUAUUCAUGAUGAUUUAGCAUUUAUAAAUAUAUAUAAAUUAACUCAUAAAAAUAUGUAUGCUAUAUUAGAUCAAGAAAAACAAAAUGUGAACUAUUAUAAUUGUAACCAAAUUUUAGAAAUGAUUUUAAAUAAUAAAUUACACAAGUAUAGUUUAAUAAAAACGAAAACAGAAGAUCAAUAUGUUUAUUUAGAAGAUAAAAUAAAAGAAAUUCAAUUUUUAAAGAAUUUUGAAUUACAAUAUUAUUUAAAAAUAAAAAAUAAGAAAUAUUCUAUGAAAUCUGAAUAUGAAAAAGGGUAUAGUAAAAAAAAUACAAUAUUUUUAGAAUUAAGUAAAUCGUUAUUAGAUGAAAAAAUAAAAUCCUUAAAAAAUUUUGUUAUAUCUCCUUAUGAUAAAGAUGUUGUUGAAAUAAUUUUAAUACCAAAUAAAAAAAAUAGCGAACAUUUUGGUGGAUAUCAUAGAAUAUUUUCUAAUUUAUUUAUAACUAAAUAUAUUUCGUCGUAUUUUUAUCAUAUAAUUGAAAAAAAAAUUGAAAAACAUAAUUUAGUGAAAAAAACAAAUAAUAUUCAUAUACGAAUGAAAUUAAAGACAGAUUAUCCACAAGCAAUAAAAAACAUUUUUCAAUAUAUAUAUGAUAAAAAUUUUAGAUUACAAGAUCUUGAUUUUAAAUUAUUAAUAACUAUUUAUAUAGAAUGUAAACAUUUUAAAAUAGAUGGUAUUAUAAAUGAUGUUAUUAAUGCAAUUAGGGAAAAAACAAAUUUUGAAAAUAUUAUAAAAAUAUUAGAAAUAUGGCAAAUUUUUAAAGAAACAGAAAUGAUAAAAGAUUUCUCCCGUAUAUUAUCUGAUUCGUGGUUUCUGAUUUUUUCAGAAAAGUAUCACUAUUUACUAGAUGCAGAAACAUUCAGCCAUUUUAUUAGCUUCGAUAAUAUAAUGAUAAACGAAAUGAGAAUAUUUAUUGAGGUGAUAAAAUUUAUAAUUAAAAACAAUUGUAAUUUGGAGGAACAAGAAAUUAUUUUCAAAAACGUCAGAUUUGGUUUAUUAAGUCAUGAAAAUCUGUAUAAUAUGCAUAAAUAUAUAAAAAAUAGUUUUGACGAUAUUAUACAUAAUAAAUAUGAUGGAACCAAUUUUAUUUGUAUGAGAUAUGAAAGCAAUAAAGCUCGAAAAAAAUAUGAUGAAGAAGAAAUAAAAUUCGACGAUUUGAAAUGUCAAAAAGAAAUAAAUGAAAAAAAAGACAAUGAUGUUGACAUUAUAACUGAUGAAAAAAAUGACUCAUUUAAUACAUGUUUUUCUGAAGAAAUUAAAAAUUUAAAUGAAUUUUACAAAAUAAUAAAUAUGGAAGCUUUUGAACCCCCAUAUAUAGAAAAAAAAAAUAUAAAUAUAUCCUUGAAAAAUGUCACAAAAUGCAUAAAUAAUAUUUAUAGUAUACUAUUUGAUAAUAUUUUUAAAAAACUGUUAAAUAAAGAUGAAGUAAAAGAAAGAUAUAAACCAUGGAAUGAAAAUCAAUUUUUUCAAUGUGUAAAUAAUUUAGAUAAUGAAAAUUAUUCUUUUCAAUUAAUUAAAAAAAAAACUAAAGUAGACAAAUAUUCCUUUACAUAUGGAGAUGAACGAUUAAUACAUGAAUGUCGAUACUGUUUUAAAAUCAUAAAAAGUAAAAAUAGUAACAUAUCUAUUGGUGUUAUAUUAAAAGUUGGAGAAUUAAAUAUGUCAAAUCAUACAAAUUUUAAAAUACCAAAAAUAUUAAUUGAAGGUAAUGAUGAAUUAGCGAUAUACUUUGAUUUUUUUGUCAACGAUUUUUAUGUUUGUAAUAUAAAUGAAAAUGAUGAUUCUAAAUUAUUGAAUAAAACGAAAUUGAAUAUACAUGCACAUGAAAAUAAACUAACAGACAAUGAUAUAAUUAAUUAUAAUAUUGCGGUUAUCAAUCAAAUUCUUAAUAUAGACAUAAUAAUAUUACCAAAAAAUAUUACUUUUAAAUAUUCCUUCCCCAUUUUAAAACCAAUUACAUAUUUAGGGGAAAUAAUAAAAAUGCCAUUUAUUAAUAUAAAACCGUUUUUUAUAUUUAAAGAUUCAUUAGAUUCAAUUAUUAUGCCAUCUGCCAAAAUUUAA